CGUGGCGCGAGCGGAGCCGGCAGCGGCGGACAGGUUGGGUAUGUGGGGAAGGAUGCACGGAUGCGGGCGAGUCGAACAGGCACAGUCAGCGGGUUGGGCAUGGGCAUGAGCAUGGCUAAGACUGGCGCUAGUGGUCGAUCGGGGGUGCAGACGGGUGGCCGAUCGGUGGCGAGAGCCCGGGCGGGAGGAAGCAAGGCCAAGGUAGUGGCGGCGUCUGGGCUGUCAUCGGACAUGAUCAAUGCGAUCAAGGAGUCGUAUCUGGUCCGCGGGCGUGGCGAAGGGCUCUCGACCGGUGGAAGUGGCGAGAGAGCGGCGCGGGAGAAGAAGAAGAAGAAGCGGCAGCGGCAGAGAGUCGGCCGGUUCUCGGCGCCGAGCAAGGAGUCGAUGGAGUGGGGUGACGAGGACGACACGUCCGAGGCCGUGGACGAGCUGUACGCCAAUCCGCACACAUUUGUGCCGGGAUUUGGGCGCGGACGGUUUGGUGGCAUCGAUCUGGAGGUCAAGUCCGAGGGGGCCAAGUUCUACGACGAGCUGAUGUCGAAGCGUGUGGCGGAGCACCCGGAGCUUGUCAAGCCCAAGGACGUGGUGGAGGUGUGGGCGCGGCGGAGCGGGACAGCGGUGGUGGGCGGCAAGCACUGGGGGGAGAAGGAGCUGAGCGAAAUGACCGCCCGCGACUGGAACAUUGUGCGCGAGGACUUUGACAUCAAGGUCAAGGGCGCCAAGGUUCCGCCUCCGCUGCGGUCGUGGGCCGACGUGGGGCGGUACAGCAACUUUCCGCCUUCACUCACAGCCGGCAUCUACGACGCAGGCUAUCGCGAGCCGACGCCGAUCCAGAUGCAGGCCAUUCCGGUCGGGCUCGAGGCGCGCGACAUUAUUGGGCUCGCCGAGACGGGUUCGGGCAAGACGGCGGCGUUCUUGCUCCCGCUCCUUGCACGGCUCUCGUAUCUGCCGCGAGUGUCUCCCACGACAGCGGACUCGGGCCCAUACGCAGUGGUCCUCGCACCGACACGCGAGCUUGCGCAGCAGAUUGAGGACGAAGCGGUCAAGUUUGCGGCCGAGGUCGAGCCGCCGCUCCACUCGUGCGUCAUCGUGGGCGGCACCGAUAAGACACGACAGCUCUCUGCGCUGCGCGACGGACAGGAUAUUGUGAUUGGGACGCCUGGGCGGAUCAAUGAGCUCAUCGAGUCGCGGUACCUGGUCCUCACCCGCGCAUUCUACAUCAUUCUGGACGAGGCGGAUCGGAUGAUCGACAUGGGCUUUGCGCCGCAGGUCGGCUCGAUCCUCGAGGCCAUGAAGGGCGAGGUGAGCGGCGAGAACGGCAAGGCGCUGCAGCGGCAGACGGUCAUGUUCUCGGCGACUAUGGCGCCUGAGGUCUUCCACCUCGCCAAGGAGUACAUGGUCGACGAAGUGGUGGUGGAGAUCGGCAAGGUCGGGCGUGCCGUCGACCGCAUCAAGCAGUUUGUCUCGUUUGUGAAGCCGACAAAGAAGCCGGCGGCGCUGCAGCGGGUGCUCUCUCGCGCGCGCAACGGCCUGGUCAUUGUCUUUGUCAACGAGAAGUCCACCGUGGCCACUGUGGCCGAGGCGCUGAGCAAGGCCGGCCACGCCGUGGCGGUCAUCCACGGUGGCAAGUCGCAAGCUGACCGUGAGUCUGCGCUGCGUGCCUUCCGCUCAGGCUCGCGCAACGUAAUUGUCGCGACUGACGUCCUUGGCCGUGGUAUCGACGUGCCGAACGUGACCCACGUUGUCAACUACGACAUGCCGCGGCAGAUGGAGGUCUACACCCACCGCAUCGGGCGGACAGCCCGCGCCGGCAAGGGCGGCGAGGCGCAUACCUUCCUCACCGACGCAGACUCGGGCGUCUUCUACUACCUCAAGAAGUUCCUCCGCGAGACCAACCAGUCCAUCCCGCACGCGCUGGCCAACCACGAGGCUGCCAUGGUCAAGCCUGGCACGGUUCUUGAUCUGUCGUAAGCCAACCACCACCACCACCAGCAACCUACGCAUGAACAAGAUGAACUUCCCCAUUUGCCGUAUGGCGCCGAUCUUGCUUGCCUCUGCCUCUGCCUCUG